AUGUUAGCUCUUCUUAUGGAUAAUUGUAAUAUCUUGAGCUGGAAUAUAAGGGGGUUGAAUGGUUCGAAAAAACAAACUGAUGUGUUAGAUAUUUGUAGGAGGAAUAAAGUGGGGGUUGGAGCUCUCUUGGAAACUAAAAUGAGGGGGAAUAAAGUCAUGGAGUUGAUGGCUAAUAAAUUUAGGAACUGGGAUUUUUAUUCCAGUCCUGUUACUGAAGGUAGAAUAUUGAUCAUAUGGAGGAAGAUCUUUGUCAAGGUUAUUGUUCUAGAGGAGACAACUCAAUAUGUUCACUGUUAUAUUAAAAUGGCUGGUCAGAAACAUCCUUUUAGUGCUACAUUUGUGUAUGGGCUCAAUUCUAUGGAGGAACGGAAGAUCUUAUGGCAAAGAUUACCAAAGCUUUCUCUUCUAGCCUCUUCUUGGGUUAUAUUAGGAGAUUUUAAUGCUAUUUUUACAGAAAAUGAUAGAAAUGGAGGUAAGCCUGUGUCUAAAGCGGAAUUAUUAGAUUCUUCUCAGUGGCUUGCCAGGAAUCAAAUGGAUUCGCUUAAAAGAGUUGGCUCUUUCUUUACUUGGACUAAUAAUCAAGAUGGGUCUGCUCGCAUAUAUUCUAAGAUUGACCAUGGUUUUGCUAAUGAGGAGUGGCUGGAUUUUUUUCCUAAUACAACAGCUAUGUUGAGUUGGGAAACAGUUUCAGAUCACUGCUCUUGUACAGUUUCUAUUCUGGCCGUGGAGAAUUUGGGUGUUAAGUUGUUUCGUUUUUAUAAUUUCUGGACUGAACAUAAAGUUUUUAAAGAGGUGGCCUUAGAUAGUUGGAGGAAGCCGAUUAAAGGGACUGGUUUGAAGGCUAAAGAUCAAUAUCAGGCUGCUCUAUUCCAUGCUCAGCAACAUCCCCGAGACUUUACUCUUCAAGAUAAAGCUAAGGCUGCUGCUGAUGCAUUCAUAAUUCAGGAGCAUAUGUAUCACAACUUCCUGGCUCAAAGAAGCAAGCUUACUUGGUUAAGGAAGGGUGACAUGAAUACUGCUUAUUUUCAUGCUUGUCUGAAAAAGCGCAAGGAGGAGAAUAGAAUAGCUUCUUACAUAACUGAACAAGGCAGUAUUCCUGAGGAGCUUCUUAAUACUACUCUGUCCUUGGUCCCUAAAACUGACAAUCCUUCUCGGGCUGUGGACUAUAGGCCUAUUGCUUGUUGUUCUACCAUUUACAAAUGUAUUUCAAAGCUAUUAUGCUCUAGAUUGGCCAGGGUCCUUCCUGAUUUAGUUCAAUUAAAUCAGGGAGCUUUUGUUCAAGGUAGAUCAAUAGCUCAUAAUAUCUUAAUUUUCCAAGAUCUUAUCAAGAAUUAUGGGAGAUCUUCUAUCUCGCCUAGGUGUGCAAUUAAAAUUGACAUAAGCAAAGCUUAUGACACAGUCGAUUGGUGGUUUAUUGAGGAUCUCCUAAAGGCUUUGUGUUUCCCUGCUAGAUUUAUAGGCUGGAUUAUGACUUGCUUAAAAAACACAUCGUAUUUCUUGCUUAUGAAUGGAAGGGUUCAAGGAAGUUUUAAGGGUGAGAAGGGGCUUCGUCAAGGAGAUCCAAUGUCACCACUUUUGUUUGUUUUAAUCAUGGAAUAUCUCACUCGGAGACUCCAACUGGCAGCUCAAGAUUCUGUUUUCAGGUUUCACCCAAUGUGUAAGAGUCUUAAACUUCUUAGUUUAUGUUUUGCAAAUGAUCUGAUUUUAUUUUGUAAAGGAUCUCUUUCAGCUGUUAAAGUGCUCAAGGGUGCUCUAGGGGAUUUCAGUUCUGCUACAGGGAUCCAAAUUAAUGCUAGCAAAUCUCAUAUAUACUUUGGGGGAGUUUCUGCUGUUGACAGACAGAUGAUAGCUGCUGAGAUACAACUUUCAGAAGGGUCCUUUCCUCUUAAGUAUCUUGGUGUCCCUAUGAGACCAACCAAAUGGAAGCAUGAAGAAUGUGACAUUAUCAUCCAAAAAUUCAAAUUGCAAUUACAUACUUGGGCUAGUAGGCACUUAUCCUUUGCUGGUAGAAUCCAACUCAUCCAUUCAAUUCUCUUUGGGCUGAGGAACUACUGGAUGAUCAUUUUUGUUCUUCCCCAAAGUAUUAUUAAGGAAGUUCAAAAACUUUGUCGUGGUUUUCUCUGGGGAGUUAAUGGUAAUAAGAUCAAGAUUCAUGUGGCAUCUUGGUCGAAGGUCUGUCUGCUUAAAGCUUAUGGAGGUCUUGGGUUCAGAAAUGGUUCAGUUUGGAAUCGUGCCAUCUUAGCAAAGUAUAUUUGGGCUAUUUCUGAGAAGCAUGAUGUGAUUUGGGUUAAAUGGAUUAAUUCAAUCUACUUGAAAGGCUCAAAUUUCUGGUCCUAUAAGCUGCCUCCUGAUACAAGCUGGUUAUGUGUGCCAAUUGAAUCACUUAUGUGUCCUGUUUGUGGUAGCUUUGCUGAGAGUCAUUCCCAUCUGUUCUUUGAUUGUUAUCUUUCCAAGCAAGUUACAGAGCUUAUCUUUGAUUGGCUGCUGUCUAUAGCAUAUGGAGGAAUCGAAACAGAUGUAUUUUUGACAGAUUUUCUUGGACUGCUGUUGGUCUUGCCACUGAGAUAA